AUGGCGUCCAAGGACAAGACGAUUUCCUUCGAAGACUACCAGGGUUGCCUCACAGCCUAUUUCGAAUGGGCCGAGAGCUACGAUUCCAAGGACUGGGAGCGCCUGCGCAAGAUUGUGGCCCCGACCGUCCGCAUUGACUACCGCUCGUUCCUGAACAAACUGUGGCCCGCCAUGCCGGCCGACGACUACAUCGCCAUGGUGUCGGACCCCAAGGUGCUGGGCGACCCGCGCCUGAUGACGCAGCACUUCUGCGGCGCCUCCAAGUGGGAGAAGGUGUCGGACGACGAGAUCAUCGGCUACCACCAGCUGCGCGUGCCGCACCAGAAAUACACCGACGAGACCCGUUCCAAGGUUUUGGUCAAGGGCCACGCCCACUCCUCCAACACCCACUGGUACAAGAAGAUCGACGGCGUUUGGAAGUUUGCCGGCCUCAACCCCGAUAUCCGUUGGGGCGAGUACGACUUUGACAAGGUCUUUGCCGACGGCCGCGAGGAGCUCGGCGACAAGGAGAAGGCAGAAGAGGCCGACAAGGUCGCCAAGGAGGCCCAAGGCAUUCCGGCCGAGUAG